AUGAAUAUUUUGUCACUGAAUAUUCGUGGAUUGGGGGUUCAAAGGAAAGCUCAGUGGGUUAGGGAUAUAAGGUUACAGCAAGAGGUAUGUUUUUUGAUGCUUCAAGAGACUCAAUAUUCUGACUAUAGUUCGAUUGAUUGGGGGCUUUCUUGGGGGAGAGGAAAUUUUCGGGUAGAGACUGUUGAAGCUUCUGGUAGAUCGGGUGGUUUAGUAUCUUUGUGGGAUGCCUCUGUUUUUUCGGUCUUGGAUGUCAAGAAGUCUAGAAACUGUCUUUUGGUGGUGGGUUCAGUCAAAGGUAGCGGGGUAUUUACGUAUCUUCUGAAAGUUUACGCACCUCAAACUAGUGUUGGGAAGCGUUUAUUAUGGGCAGAGAUCAAGGGUUUGGUGGGUUCAGGUAUGCGUAUGUGGAUUUUGGCAGGUGAUUUUAAUUCAGUAAGGAAUAGAGAUGAAUGGAGGAGCUCGAAGUUUAGUCAGUCGGCGGCUGAUGAGUUUAAUGAGUUUUUGGAAUAUACGAACCUUCAUGAAUAUACUUUGAAAGGAAGGCGUUUCACUUUCGUUUCGGGUAAUAAGAUGGGUCGUAUAGAUAGAGUGUUUGUUAAUUGGAAUUUCAUGAUGGAGUGGCCUAACGCGGAGUAUAGAGCUCUUGGUAGAGAUAAAUCAGAUCAUGGCCCGUUGAUUUUGAAGGUAAAUUUAUUGAAUUAUGGGCCGAAGCCUUUCCAUUUCUUUAAUUCUUGGCUGGACAGAGUCAACUUCGAUGGGUUAGUCCGUAAAGCGUUGGAGGAAGGAGUAUUUAUGGGGGCUCCGGAUGUUCGUUUGAUCAGUAAAUUUAGAAGGUUGAGACAUGUUAUAGGGGAGUGGAAGGUCACGAUUUUUGAGAGUUAA